AUGGGUCUUGGAGACACAAUAAAAGCAGAAAAUAAAGCAUCAAAGCAGAAUUGUGCGCGUGCAAUGAUAUUCCUGCGUCUUCAUCUUGACGAGAUUCUAAAAAUCGAAUAUCUCACAGUUAAGGAUCCACUUGUUUUGUGGAAUAGCCUAAAAGAAAGAUAUGACCAGUUGAAGAUGGUCAUACAUCCAAAGGCACGAUAUGAUUGGAUGCAUUUAAGGCUACAAGACUUUAAGUGUAUAUAUGAGUAUAAUUCUGUCAUGUUCAGAAUCACUUCUCAGUUGAAAUUAUGUGGAGAAACGGUUAGUGAGAUUGAUAUAAUGGAAAAGACGUUCUCCACUUUUAAUGCCUCGAAUGUGCUCCUGCAGCAACAAUAUCGAGAGAAUGGUUUCAAAAAGUAUUAUGAACUAAUUUCUCAUCUUCUUGUGGCUGAGCAAAAUAAUGAUUUAUUAAUGAAAAUUCAUGAGAAUCGUCCUACUGGAUCUGAACCACUUCCUGAAAUGAAUGAGGCGUACGCCCACCAUGCUAGACGUGGAAAAGGUCGCGGCCCUACUUAUGGACGUGGACGUGGUCGUGAUUAUUGUCAAGAACGAAAUUCUUUUCCUGGUGUUAAUCAUUCAUCAAAUAAAAAUCAUCAUCAAAAGGAAAAAAGAAAGGAUGAGAAGCAUGAAACAACUAGGGCAGAAUCGCUAAAGAAGAAAGAGAAAAAUCUUGAAGCAAAUUUUGUCUCUGAAAAUCAAGUUGACAUCGCGCACUUGGAUGUAGCAGAUUUAUUCGCACAUCCUGAAGGAAAGAUAGAUCACUUAAUUGGUGAUGGUUCCAUGGCCAUGGAAGAGUGA